AUGGCUGAGAGGCAGCCAAGGAUUUUGCCUAGCAAUACAGAGUCCAACCUGAGAGAGCACGUGAAGGCUAUCACUUUGCGAUCAGGUAAGCAACUAUCUAGUUCUAUUCAUAUUCUUGAUGAUGAUGAUGAUGUGCAGGUAGAUUCAGAUAGGAAAGAUGGAGAUAGCAAGGUGAUGGAGCUAGAGAUGGUAGAGGGUAAGAAGAAGAGUCCUUUCAAGGAAUACCAGCCCCUGAUACCAUAUCUUGCUAGGUUGAAGCAGGAGAAAGUCGAUCAACAGUUCGAUAAGUUUCUUGACUCGUUUAAACAAUUGCGAAUUAACUUGCCUUUUGUUGAAGCUAUUUCGCAGAUGCCUAGCAAUACUUUAGCUGACUUAGGAGCUAGCAUUAAUUUAAUGUCGUAUAGUUUGUUUACCAAGUUGAGGCUGGGUGAGACUAAACCAACUAGGAUGAGCAUACAGUUAGCUGAUAGGACUGUUAAGUAUCCUAGGGGUAUUGUAGAGAAUGUACUUGUUAAAGUUGACAAAUUUAUAUUUUAUGUUGACUUUGUGAUCAUGGAUAUGGAUGGUGAGAGUAAUGUACCUUUGAUUCUAGGUCGACCUUUCCUUGCAACGUCUAGGGCUAUUAUAGAUAUUUAUGAUGGAAAGCUUGAACCUAGAGUAGGGGAUGAAACUUUGCAGGAGAUAUUGCUUGAUAAUCCUUUACAAGUUGCCUUGCAGGCAGAGGAUGAGCAUGAGCUAUCCAAUUAG